UUCAGCUGUCCUGGAGAUUGCUCAAGCUGCCAACCAGGGACCAGGUGAAAGGGCGCUUGCUCCCAGCCAAAGUUUCACUGGGAAAUUAAUCGGGAAUUAAGUCCCUACCUAAAGGAGAAAGGUGACACAGUGGAGGUAGAGCACAAGAAAUGGCGAGAGGAGCAAACCUAUUACCAGCAAGGCAAUAGAAAGUGAUUGAGGCCACAUCUAAAGACAGGGUCAGAGCAGGGAUCGGUGCCAAGCAGACAAGGCGCUGAGAGUCUGGGAGCGAGCCAGGGCGACGCGGUCAGAAAGAGAGGGGGAAGAGAGCAUCAAAGAGACCACAUGAGAGAGGUUCAGCCACAGGAAGAGCCUCCCCGAGAAAGAAAAACAGCAAUCUGCAAACAAACUCAAGUCAUCUUUUCUCAAACUGGGAACAGCAGAAACACACAGUCGGGCGCACGGAGUGGACAGAAACGUUAAACCAAGGGACAACCCAUUGGCAGAUUGAGCCCAGGACACAUCGCCAAGGUUAAAAGGGGGUGAAAAAAUAAAACAAGAACUGUUACCGAUCCGCGGUCGCCAUCCAGAGAAAACAGAACAACCACCAUCAACGUUCAGCGAAACUCCAGUGUACAGUGAAGUGCCGCCAGAAAUACAGACAGUAUCUGCAGGAGAUUAUUCAUUUGUCCCAUCGACAUUCAGAAACAGUCUUGACAACUGUGGGUGGGGGAUUUUCACAUCGCUCCCUCAGUGUUUAGAAUAUUAUACAUAUUUGUUUAACUAAGACAGAAUGAAGCGGCUGUAUGAUGAAAGCUCCUCCGACAGUGAGCUGGACGAGAUGAUCGACGUUGGCAAAGAGGAACAUUACUGUCCUGUAACUCAAUCAACUUCACCCACAACAACUUCUCACAUUCUGGCACGGAAGAGGAGACGCGGGAUUAUUGAAAAAAGAAGACGGGACAGAAUUAAUAACAGCUUGUCUGAACUACGCCGUUUGGUUCCAACAGCUUUUGAAAAACAGGGGUCAUCCAAGCUCGAGAAAGCUGAGAUCCUACAAAUGACUGUGGACCAUCUAAAGUUGCUGCAUGCAACAGGGGGUAAAGGCUAUUUUGAUCCUCACUUGCUUGCUGUGGAUUACAGAAGUAUGGGAUUCAGAGAAUGUCUUGCUGAAGUCAUAAGGUAUCUCAGCUCACUUGAACGAUUUCAAGGCCAUGACAACACUGAUCCACUAAAAGAGCGUCUGGUAUCUCAUCUCAACAACUAUGUGUCUGAAAUAGAGCCUACACCAUUGGCACCGGCUUCUUUGAUCCAUCGAACCUGGACUUGGCCACACCAUCAAUUAACUACUUUACUUCCACAGACAGCAGAAGGAGGACAAUUACCAUGCAUGGAUACUCUGCAGAACCCAGCUUUCCUGACUGGCUCUGCCUUAGCAUGUUCCACAUCUUCUCUGAGAGGAAUUCCUCUUGAGAAAAUAGCCUCCUCAGUGAUAUCACCCACACACAGUCUUCUCCCAAACAUGACAUCAUCUAGCCUCAAUUUCUUGUCAAACCUGGCAUCGCCUAUUCAUAGAGUGCUGUCCAACAUGACAUGCACAUUUCCUGGUGUUCUAUCCAAUGUAAGCUCAACCAACAAAAUGUUGACUGGUGUUGCUGUAUCUCCACAAAUUAGUUCGCCCUUGCUGUCACCAGCUUCCAGCACCAGCGCCAUUCAUACAACAAAUCCAACUGCAGCGAUUCCUGGCUCUUUAGGACUCUUUCCAUCUGUAUCACAUUUCCGACAUAAUCCCUCUAGUCAAACAAGCAACCUGAGUGCUCGCAAAUCCCAGAGGUCAUGGACAACUGCGAUUGGGGCUUUCUGAAUCUAGCCUAAUGAGGAAAAGAUUUUAACUAUACUUUUUUAUGAUGAUAUAUUGUGAUAUAGAAAGUAUAUUGUGCCAGAAAAUAUCCUGAUAGGUUUCAGCAAUUUGUAAUCA